GCAGGAGGAGGUCGAGGAGGCCGGGGCGCAGCCGCCAUGGCCGAGGAUGCGGGCGCGCUGCCCUGGUCCAUCAACAGGGACGACUAUGAGCUGCAGGAGGUGAUCGGAAGUGGAGCAACGGCGGUAGUCCAAGCAGCAUGCUGUACCCCCAAGAAGGAGAAAGUGGCCAUCAAACGGAUAAACCUGGAAAAAUGUCAGACCAGCAUGGAUGAGCUUCUGAAAGAAAUUCAAGCCAUGAGCCAGUGCCAUCAUCCUAACAUUGUGUCUUACUAUACGUCCUUUGUGGUGAAAGAUGAGCUUUGGCUAGUGAUGAGGCUGCUGAGUGGAGGGUCUGUUCUGGAUAUUAUUAAGCACAUUGUUGCCAAGGGGGAACACAAAAGUGGAGUCCUGGAUGAGGCCUGCAUUGCCACGAUUCUCAAAGAGGUUCUGGAGGGCCUGGAGUAUCUGCAUAAAAAUGGACAAAUCCACCGGGAUGUCAAAGCUGGAAAUAUUCUUCUGGGUGAAGAUGGCUCGGUGCAGAUUGCAGAUUUUGGGGUUAGUGCUUUUUUAGCAACUGGUGGUGACAUUACCCGAAAUAAAGUGAGAAAGACCUUUGUGGGCACUCCCUGCUGGAUGGCACCGGAAGUCAUGGAACAGGUCCGUGGUUAUGACUUCAAGGCCGACAUCUGGAGUUUUGGAAUUACUGCCAUCGAGCUAGCCACGGGGGCCGCUCCCUAUCACAAGUAUCCGCCCAUGAAGGUGUUAAUGCUGACAUUACAGAAUGAUCCUCCUUCUUUGGAAACUGGUGUUCAAGAUAAAGAAAUGCUAAAGAAAUAUGGAAAAUCAUUUAGGAAAAUGAUUUCAUUGUGCCUUCAAAAAGAUCCUGAGAAAAGACCAACGGCAGCUGAACUGUUAAGACACAAAUUUUUCCAGAAAGCAAAGAAUAAAGAAUUUCUCCAAGAAAAAAUGCUUCAGAGAGCGCCAACCAUUACUGAGAGAGCUAAAAAGGUUCGGAGAGUGCCAGGCUCCAGCGGCCGGCUUCAUAAAACAGAGGAUGGCGGCUGGGAGUGGAGUGAUGAUGAGCUUGAUGAAGAAAGCGAGGAAGGGAGGGCAGCCAUUUCCCAGCUCAGGUCUCCUCGAGUAAAGGAACCAUUAACGAAUUCUGAGCUCUUUCCUCCGUCUGAUCCCAUGGGCACCUUACUCCAGAUUCCAGGACCGUCUCCUGCUCAACUACCUCAGCCAGCUGGACAGACUCCUGCCCAGUCCACUCACAUCACUGUCCCUCUACCUGUACAGGUCCCCACAGCUCCAGCAGGAGGAGCAGGGCAGGCUCUGCCAUCAGAAGGGGCAGGUUCCCAGGAGACCAAGGUCCCCAUAAGUCUGGUACUAAGAUUAAGGAAUUCAAAGAAAGAACUUAAUGAUAUCCGAUUUGAAUUUACUCCAGGGAGAGAUACAGCCGAUGGCGUGUCACAGGAACUCAUCUCUGCCGGCCUCGUGGAUGGCAGAGACCUAGUCAUAGUGGCAGCUAAUUUGCAGAAAAUUGUGGAAGAACCCCAGUCCAAUCGCUCUGUCACUUUCAAGCUGGCAUCUGGCGUUGAAGGUUCAGAUAUUCCCGACGACAGCAAACUUAUAGGAUUUGCACAGCUCAGCAUCAGCUAAACCUCGGGCGCAGAGGAAGCUUCCCCACGGAGAACCCACUCAUCAUGUUUCUAUCGCUCUGUUGGCCUAAAAUUCACUACUGCCAAAGAACCCGGGUCUGCCCUCCCCCUGCCCCGUCAGAUCACCACUGUCUGGCAUCAGCUCACCAAAGUUGCCGUGACACGCUCCGUUUGUAAGCUGAUGACUGCACACGCCGCGCCGGGCCCUGCCUCAGACGCUCGGACGGAUGCCCGUGGCUGGGCCUGCCGCUCUCUUCUUGCCUUACUUGACAAAUGCCACGGAGCGCGAGGCCCUGUUUCUUCCAGCCCCGUGGGGUGCCCAGCUGGUGUUCCUUGUCAUCGGGCACAUCCGCACCAGAUGAGGGGACUGGCCGCACUAUAGCCACGGAAGAUUGGUCAGCCGGAUGCCAGAGGAUUUAACUGCCGGCUCUUUCCUUUGGUCCCAGUGUAACUCCUAGCAGCCAAUAUAAGGACAUCAUAAGCACAGUUUCUAAUGUCAUUGGCCUAAAAUGUUCCAGUUUUAUUGCUCACAUUCUCGAGAAUUUUCCCGAGGCUCAUCCGCCGCGCCCUCCCAGGUGGCUGCUUCCUGAGGACGCGCCCUGGGCCCCCUGCCCAGCGUCAGCUUGGGUGGGGGAGGUUGGGCAGAGUGGGGAGGACCUCUGGCCCAGUUCCUAGACACCCUCGGGUUACUUUUCCCCAGAGUGAUGACAAGCAAGUCAUUACUUCUGUCAUUGGAAAAGUGGUGAUUUUCACCACUUAAAUAAAAUUAAAAGAAACUUCCCCUUGAUCCCAACAUCUUUUCUCCUGUGAGUUUGACCCUCUCAGUGGUGAGGGAAAGGGUCUGUGUGGAACAAGGCUGAGGCUUUCACAGCAAUAAAGGAGAGUCAUGAUUCUCAGGCCAGUCUGGCCUGCCUCCAGCCCCCCGCCUGUACCCAGACCCCUCCACCAACUCAGCCUUGCUUUGAGAUGUGCCCAGGACAGUGAGGGUUCAGGAGGAGACAGUGUUGGUUUGGAUUUCUACAGAAAUCAUAUAAAUGAGACACUUGUAAUACAAUGUGGGAGGAAUCUAUGGGGUUGGGGUUUUUCUUCUACAAUUUCACAGCUGGCCUUCAUAUCCUGUUAUUGGCUGUGGGGGAGUUUUCCCUGCAAUCGCUGGCCCACCUUUGCCUUUCCCUGAUGUGGAGAGGCUGGGGGGGGCUGCCCUCUGCAGGUGACUAGAGACCAUCCUGGUGUUCAGAUUACCGAGCCUUCUAAUUACCAAGCUGGAGCUCCCUGUGGCCUCUCUGAAGGCUCCCCAGCUCGAAUGAUUUCUUCCAGCACGUUCCUGUGAGCCUUGGAGUUCCUUUGCCCCCUUUCAGCCUUUGCCAAGUUGGGAUGGGGGGUGG